AAUAAGCUUCCCCCUCUUAUAUCGUUACAUUGCUAUAAAUGAUGGUACAUUUUACGUAUUUUGUUAGAAAGUAUCUCGCUGCAUUUCUACUUGAUAUAUUCAGUUUUUUCCUCGUCAUUUUUCAUUAAUAUUAACAUACCUUUAAUAUUUGACAAAGGUGAUAGUGACUUAUCAUAUUGGUAUCCAAUUAUAUAUGUAUUGAAUAAAAAAAAAAAUGCAAUCGCUUAGACAGAGGAUUUUGAAUUUAACGAAGAAGAGGUACGAUCAAAAAAAAAGGUGUCUAAGCACCCAGGAAAUAAUCGAACGAGAUGACAAAUACGCUGCGAGACAUUUCAAGCCUCUUCCAGAUGUGGUACUUACCAAAGGUGAAGGUGUUUUCUUAUGGGAUAAAGACGGAAAGCGUUAUCUCGACUUUUUAGCCGGUUUCUCGACUAUCAAUCAAGGUCAUUCUCAUCCUCGCUUGGUCAAAGUUAUGAAGGAACAAGCUGAAAAAUUGGCUCAUACAGCAAGGGCUUUUUAUACGGAACCGCAUGGAGAGCUAGGAGAAUAUUUAACGAAAUUAAUUGGGUACGAUAGAUUCAUACCUAUGAAUACAGGAGUUGAAGGUGGAGAUACAGCUUUGAAAUUAGCUAGACGUUGGGGAUACAGAAUAAAAAAAAUACCAAGCCAAAAAGCAACCAUUGUGUUUGCUGAAGGUAACUUCUGGGGCAGAUCGUUAGCAGCAUUGUCAGCAUCAACUGAUCCUCCUUGUUACAACGAUUUUGGACCAUAUAUGCCAUUUUUCGAUAAAGUACCGUACAAUGAUUUAGUCGCUCUAGAAGCAAAAUUCAAAGAAAAUCCGAACAUUUGCGGAUUUAUGAUGGAACCAAUUCAAGGAGAAGCUGGUGUCAUUAUUCCGGACAAUGGAUAUCUAAAAGCUGUUAGAGACUUGUGUACGAAAUAUAACGUUUUAUGGAUCGCGGACGAAGUGCAGACUGGACUUUGUCGAACUGGGAAACGUAUGGCUGUCGAUCAUGAAAAUGAAAAACCAGAUAUUUUGAUUUUAGGAAAAGCACUUUCUGGUGGAAUGUAUCCAGUUUCUGGUGUAUUAUCAAAUGACGAGAUAAUGAUGUGUUUCGAAGCGGGUUGUCACGGUAGCACUUUCGGUGGUAGUCCUUUAGGAAAUAGAGUAGCUUUGGAAGCAGUUAAGAUCUUGGAAGAAGAAAAUCUUGCCGAGAAUGCUAGGAAAUUAGGCGAAGUAUUAAAAAAUGAAUUGGUUAAAUUACCGAAAGAUAUUGCUGUGGAAUUCAGAGGACGUGGUUUGUUAGCUGGCCUUCUUAUCAAUAAAGAUUUCGCCACAGGUUGGGAUAUUUGUUUGAAAUUACGUGAUGCGGGUUUAUUAACAAGACCGACGCACGGACAGUUAAUCAGAAUAUCACCACCAUUGACUAUUACCAAAGAUCAACUUGAAGAAGGUUUACAUAUUCUGACGACGACGUUAAAAAAUUAUAAAUAGAUUAUAGAAUUAAAAGCGAAAAAUAAUUGCAUUAUAUUAAUAAGAAAACUUAUUACCAAAA